UUCGGUAGGCGUAAUAAUACACUAGAUACCUCAUGAGGAUUAUACAGAGAAGUGAGUUAAUAUGUUUCCGUCUGACCAUGUUAUGCGAGUCAGACUUCUAUACAAGUUGAUAUUUCGAAUUCACCGUGCGUUGCCUGGAGAGUUACGUAUACUGGGCGAUAACUACGCCAGAGAUGAGUUCAAACGCCACAAAAAUUGUAAUCCUGCUGAAGCUAGAAUAUUUCUAAUGGAAUGGACUAAUUAUGCUGUUAAUAUGGCAAAGCAAACAAAACCAUUACAUCAAGCCAAGAAGAAGACUGUUGGUAAAUAUCUAGAACCUGAAAUGUUGGAUUAUAUGAAUGAUGAACAGUUAGUCCAGUUGUAUGAAUUGCACAAAGCUGCUAGCUCAGAUGCUGAUGGUAAUUCUAAUAAGAAUCUAAUAUCCAACAAAAAGGAUAGUGACACUAGGUAACUUCCUUUUUUUUUUGAAUAAAUUUUCUGAUAAACAAGCUCAUUAAAUUAGCUGUCAUAGUUUAAAAAUAGAAUUCCAUUUAUAGCUGCAUAUUGUUAAUUAGUAUCAACAUAACAUAAAUCAUGUAUUUUUGGAAAUUAAAGUGCAAAUUGUUCAAUGUAAAUCGAAAAUGUACUGUUUGUCAAACAAGCCACACUUAACAUUGAAAUGUCCUUUGUUGAAUAUAUGAAAAAAUAGUUAAUUAUUGAAUGAUUUAAUUAGAACUAUAACAUCUUUUUUUGAAGCAGAAUAUAUAAAAGUUACAGUUAAUUUGCCUGUAAAAUCCUUUUACUUUUUAAACUGUUUGAGGUUCUAGCCCUUUCAGGCUUUAAACCAUACAGAGAUAAUAUGCAACAAAUAGUCAAUUGUCACUGUAAACUAUCUUUUUAAUCUGUGUGUCAUUGCCACAGAUAAAUAACUUAAUAAACUUACACUACAGAUUUAUUACUUAUUAACUUUAUCAGGUGUAAUUAUUAGUUUCAUGUUUUUUAUUGUUAAAAAAUAAACCAUGUGAUGAAUGGAGUUAAUUUGAAUAAAACUGACAAGUGCAGUCUUUCUUGAAUAAUUGUGUCUAUUAAAAUUCACUUUAAACCUCAAGAAAAGAUGAAUUACACAAAUAUUUUGUGUUAAAAGUAAAAAGUUCAAUCAGAUUUUUGCAGCCUUACAAGCUUUCAAUAAAACACUAGGUUAUUUGUGGACAUGGAAGUUUACGGUCAGGUCACAGCAUGUAUGAAAACUCUGUUCUGCAUCUAUGAAGUUUAUGAUUUAUUUUUACCCGACUGUGUCAGAAGGAUGGUAAUGUUUUUGAAUAUAUUCUUAUGAACAUAAAUUACAUGAAUCAUAAUACUAUCUAUAUUAAUAAAAGCUUUUAUAUUAACAAAAUAAAAACAGGCUUUAUCAAUAUGAAUAGUUUUAUGUUUUCAAUAUUUAUUUUAUUUAUAUGAUCUUUAUUUAAAUUACUAGUGUCUUUACGCUCUGUCACACAAUUUUUUAUAUAGUUAGAUCAUGUUUGUUUUUAAAUACUUUAUGAAAUUAUGAUGAUAUUUUUUAUUGUUAACAUGAACACCAUAUAUUUUUGCAUAAUAUUGUCUUUUGUGUAAUCAUACAUGUAAUACAAUUUUUUUCUAUAGAAUAUGUUAGGAGUACAAAGUCAUACUAUGUAAUUAUGAUGUUAUUUAUAUUGUAAACAUUUUGAACACCAUAUUUUAUUUGCAUAAUAAUGUGUUUUGCAUAAUCAUACAUUAUAAUACUGAGAAAAGUUAUAUAGAUCAUUAUACUUGUUUUUUACAUAUGGAAUAUACUGUAUGUAGCUGUAGCGAGGAGUCUAUAACCCGAUUCCUAGCGGCUUACCUUUCAAAAUCAUAGAUUCUCGAAAAUAUUCAUAGUUAUAAUUUAUUUUACACACCCGAAAUUGGUAUAUAUUACUACUUUACAAUCUUUACAAUAAUUGAUGAUCGGGUUACCUAAUAAAACAUUUCAGCCUUCGCUACUGGUAUGUAGUACUGUGAAAUUUUAAUGAUGAUAUUUUUUAUUGUUACCAUUUUAAACACCCUAUUUUAAUUGCAUAAUAUUAUCUUUCUCAUAAUCAUACAUUAACAUAUGUAAUUAAUUACAUAUUAAUGAUACUAAAAAGAAAUAUAUCAUCAUUAUCAUAAAAGCUAAUGGACGUCCACAGCAGGACAUGCGCCUUUUGUAGGGACUUUCAAACAUAAUAUUUGGAAAAAUUAUAUAGAUCAUAAUAUGUUUUGUAUCUAUGAAACAUGUUGUGAGCAUGUACUAUGUAAUUAUGAAGAUGAUGUUUUUUAUUUUUAACAUUAUUUACAAAUACAGUAUUUACUCGUAAUUUACAAUAAAUGAUUUUAUUCAAUAGAUUUAGCUCUAGUCUAGUCAUUAUAUAAAAUUAUGAAAAUAUAAAUAAAUAGUUAUUAUUGA